UCGUCUAGCAUCUCAGUGUGCCCAACCCAACACACCUCAAGCUUCCUCCUUGCAGCAAUGGCGGCUCUGUCCGGAGCAGCGCUCGUCCUCGCCGGUCUCCUUGCUCUUGCAGCCAUCGCCAGCGGCAACACCGAAGGCGACAUCCUCUACAGGCAAAGGCAGGAACUGAAGGACAUCAACAACGUGCUGACGAGCUGGGAUCCCACGCUUGUCAACCCCUGCACUUGGUUCCAUGUCACCUGCAACAGCGACAACUCCGUCGUCCGAGUGGACUUGGGGAAUGCAAGCCUCUCAGGCUCCCUGGUUCCUGAAUUGGGACAAAUGGUGAACCUUCAGUACCUGGAGCUGUUUGGGAACAACAUCAGUGGACCGAUACCAGCAACCCUCGGAAACCUGACACGCCUGGUCAGCCUUGGCCUCUACAACAACCGUCUCACCGGCAUGAUACCGGCCUCGCUCGGGAACAUCGGGACGCUGCGUUUCCUGAGGCUGAAUGGGAACAAGCUGACAGGAGGUAUACCUGCGUCAUUGGGCAAUCUAACGAAGCUUCAAACUUUGGAGCUUCAGGAGAACAUGCUGACCGGCAUGGUGCCGCUGGAUGUCCUAUCUCUUGUUCUUUUUGGGGACUUGACUGAACUUAACGUUGCCAAGAACAGUCUGGCCGGCACUGUCAAAUCAUCUAAAACAAGAGUAGCUACAAUCAUCCAGGACACGCUCAAGACUACACGCUGAGCAGCAGUGACAACCUGAACUUUUGUAAGAAUAAACUGAAUGUCUUUUCCUUCUGAAACUGCUGGGAGAGGCUGUAGCCUUUUAUCCCGUUAAGAGUCCAGAGCUUACCUCCAUUUCAGGAGAAAAAAAAGGGAAAAGUGAAAGGUGAUUUAAUACUACAUUGUAAUCAGUGCGACUUUGUAAUAAUGAAUCUUCAUGUGCAUCUUUACUGCA